AUGUUAACGAAAAAAGAAAUUGAACAACUAAUUGAUAAAAAAAAUUCGUCAUUGAAAAUUGUCAAACCAACAGUAACACCAAAAUCUUCAGCUGUAUGGAAUAGUUUUAGUCAUAUUUACGUUAACGAUAUCAAACAGGAAUAUGUUAUUUGCAAUCAAUGCGAAGAAUUACUUAUUUAUAAACCAUCUUCUGGUACUAAUUCUUUAUCUAAACAUAUUAGUAGCUGUCAAAAGGUCAAAACGACAGCUUCUCAUAAUCAGACAACUAUCAAUCAAUUUUAUGCAUCUUCAAAAAAUGAACCUGCUAUUCCAGAUCGAGUAAAGCAGAAAAUCAACGUUGCUUGUGCUGAAUUUGCAGCACUUGAUUCUCGAUCAUUUAAAACAAUUCAUGGAAUAGGCUUCAAAAAUCUUGCACAAAAAAUUUUCGAUGCCGGCAAAUAUUUACCUAUAUCUAAAGAUAUUAAUGUUGAAAAAUUACUUCCACAUCCAACAACAGUAAGAAAGAUAUUUUUUAAUCUAUUAUAACCACAGCAAGGUAAUUUUCUUCACUUUCCUAGAUUAGCCGUCAAGUUAAUAAAUUAUAUAAUCAAAAGCAUCAGCAAUUAGUUUCAAUUUGUGAGAAAAUGCUUGAAUAUACUGUUGUUGUUGAUUCUUGGAAGGAUAUCCAUACGGGUUCGUUAGAAUAACGUUUCACAUCUCUAGUAGUAUUUCUUUUGUCCUUUAAGGUAUUCAAUAUUGUGGAAUUUCGUUACAUCACAUAAAUGAUGAUUGGAAAUUAUACUGUUUUGUGUUGGGAUGCUACCAUUGUGAUCUUGAAUCAAAUAGUGCAAUUAAUACAAGGAAGUUUGUUGAAUCAAAACUAUCUGACUAUAAAUUACAGUUAAAUGAAAAUGUUUACAUUGUUUCCGAUAAUGAACCAAAGAUGCUUUCAACAUUCAGAUUAAACUGUCAGCGUAUUGGUUGUUCGUGCCAUUUCAUCAAUAAACAGCUUGAACAUAUGUUUACUAAAAAAGAAAUUGAUAAAUCACCUGUACAAUGUGAUCUUGCUCAAGUAUUAUUUGAGCGUGUAAAGAAAAUAGUUUCUCAUCUAAGAAGGUCUCAUAAACAGACCAAGAUGUCGAAAAGAGUACAAACGUACUCAGAAACAAGAUUUAAUGGUGCUUAUCAUAUGUUACAAGUAUUUCUGGAUAUUUUUGAUGAAUUAGUUCUUGUUCUUGAUAAUAUAAAUUUAAACGAAUAUUUGUUGUUGGAUAAAGAAUUUUUGGAACAAGUAUGUUCAUUUCUGAAAGUGUUCGAUGAGGUAAUCGAACAACUUAGUGAUGAUAAACAACCAACAAUUUAUAAAGUUCUUCCGCUUCAUCAACGAUUACUUAACGAAUGCGAAGUAAAACCGAACGAUUGUGACGGUUUAAAAGAAAUGAAGCUUUUCUUAUGUAAGUUAUACCUUUUUUUUUUAAUUUUCAACUAUUGUUUUGAUGUGAAUGAACAAGGAG